AUGUCACCCGAUGAACGCCAGAAGGCUUUUGACGAUGCUGUGGCGUUCGUUUACAAAGCCUAUCCUCAAAUGGACGGAAGAGGUCAGCUGUACGAUCACUGGGCUGAAUGCAACUACUACCAACAGCAUGUGAUCAACCUCGCAGACAGUUUCAUGGAAGAACAUCGCGCUUCAAAGUCUUUCAGGGCAACAUGGAAAUUCUGCGAGCUCGUCAACCAAAGCCAGCGGUUCUUGUAUGAGACUAACCUCAUGAAUGACCUCAAGAAGCUAUGCGAAAUCAAUACAAUUGCGGUCGAUACGCUCGACGAAGCGGAUCGGCGCGACGAUUUGAAAGCAUCUGUGCUAUCUCAUCAGGCAAAUUUGUACGAAAGCAUCGGCAAAGUCGAUCAAGCUAUCGAAUGGAAUCAGCAAGCUUAUCAGAUCCGUCUGAACCAAAAGCCACCGAAGUACCACCUCAUUUCAAGCUUUGAGAAUAACCUGGGCUUCUGCUAUAAUACAGCAAAUAAGCAUGAUACUGCCUUCGAAUACUUCAAGAAAGCUGAAGCCACGUGGCACGGUCAAGGAUUACCCUGCCCAGUGGUCAUUCUCAAGAACAUGGCGAGAGGGUUACUCUACCUGAAGCGAUUGGAUGAGGCGAGGGCCUUGCUUAAAACUUGUAUCGACGGGUUUCGCAACGAGGAUACUCUCAACUGGGCCAUGGUAGCAUAUAGCGCAUAUUUCGCAUUAGGUCUCAUUGACCGACGUGAGGGGAAGUUCGAAUCUGCAGAAGCCACCUUCAUCGAAGCACAAAACCUGUGGCUGAAAGGCGAUUUGAAGGAAUUGCACCCAUUCAACGGUGCUUGCAUGUACAAAACGGGAGCUGUGUGCCUCGAUCAGGGCAAGGUGGAAGCAGCUAUAAAACACUUGCGCGACUCUAUCAAGGUCACCGAAAAGCACAUGAAGCUCAUGCCUGUCGAACACGCGCGCAGCUUGUUCAAGCUGUCGGAAGCGCUGACGCAGGAUCCUCAGUACGAGAGCGAGGCUGAAGGAUUCCGGGACAAGGCAGAGAAAAACUUGCGCGAGCGGGACCCCAGCGCCACGGAUUUCGGAUCGGAAGAGCCGUACGAUUUGCUGAUACCGAUUUUCUGGCGAUGA